AUGAUGGUGACAGAGCUUUUUAUUUGCAUUGGCGGUGAAUGGCGUGCAGUGUGGAACAGCACGACUCGUCGGAAACUGUCCUACAAAUCCCCGACCAUUGACGCGCUCUCGCAGAUUCGGGCCUUCUAUAGCGCGUGGAAGCAGAUGUUACAGGCGGUGAAACUACAGGCACAAGGGGGUCAGACGGUGAACUACGUCGACACGAUGUGGAUCAGCGCAAGUGCCCUGACCACCUACUUUCUACGGAAGGACGCGGAGCAGCCGACGUAUCUGCAGGAGCAGCAGCUUGCCAUUCUCCUCAGGGCAGCCGUGGCCAUCAACUCAGGCGCGUCCGGAUCGCCGUGCACCUGCCAGUUGUUCUACUUCUCCUUGCUACGCGAGUCUGUCAAAUUCUGGAGCAUGUACUUCUCCUCGGAGCACACGCAGCUGGGGCCGUCAGGCGAUCCAGCACGGGACUACUACAUGGAUGCCAUCGAUAGUCCGCAGAGCCCAUGCUCGCUUAUACAGGAGUCGAAAGCGUUUCUGGUGCCCUGGCAGUUUUUGGUGCUGCCCGAGACGGAUCAGUUGCUUGGAGACUCCGCCUGCUUGCCCAAGCGCAUCGUGACGGCGAUGGUGUGUGGCCAGUACUGGCUGCACAAGGGAGAUGCCAAAAUGGCCGCGGCGUUGUUCCACUCGGCGAGCCAGAUGUUGGUGAUGAGCAUGGACUGUUUCGACAACGCCGUGUCGGGCCUCGCCCAUCAUCAGGAGGCCUCCAACGCGAAGUGGCUGCGGUUUCAAGAGCUGUUCUCGUACUUGUCGCAAGUCGACCCCGCGGCAUCGCCGUUUCUCAGACCCGAGGGCGAGGCGCGUCGAAGUGCCAUCUCGCAUCGAGUGCCUUUACCACGUUUGCUGAAAGUUCCAGCUCACCAUGGUAUGGUGGCGCUGCCUCCCUUGUGCUUGCUUCCCAACAGCAGUGCCCUUCACUUGCGCAUCCAAGGCGUCCCCGCGGAACAGCCGCUGUUCUUCUACGACUUCUCUGCUGCCUGGUCUCUGCGUCGAGUCUACGCGCUCCCCUCCCUGGGCGGAGGGAACUACACCGGGCUGAAGGCGGUGUUCAUCGGUCUGGAUGUCCCAGCCUGGACCAACUUGGGCCACGCGCUAGACCGGCUGAUCUCGGCAGUCUUUGGCACCUACAGAUAUGCCUACAGGAGCGGUGGCAUGCCGGAGGUGCUCCGGCUCAGAGACACCUUGGAGGUGCACCUCCGCUUCUCGGAGGAGGACUCCAGGGCCGCGGGCUUCGAGGUCAACCAAUCGAAGGGGGUGGUGCGCUCUGCCAUGCUGCCAUGGCUGACGCUCCUCUCCUCGCGCCCACCCCGGCUGCUGUCGGAACUCCCAGCCGGUCAGGUCAACGCCUCCGCCCUUCCUUGGCCUCUGCAGGACAGCAACAUUGCUACUGCCAUGGUCUUCUUUGGCAAGGGCAAGGGCAAAGGCAAGGGCAACGGCAAGGGCAAAGGCAAGGGCAAGGGCAAGAAAGGAAUUGAGACAAAAGGCCAAGGCAAGGCAAACGACUAUGGGAUGGACUGCGCCUUCUCCAAAGGUUCUGGCAAGCAGCUCAACUAUGGCAUGGCCUACGCCUACUCCAAAGGCUUUGGCGCGCAAUAUGGCAAGGGCAAGGGCAAAGAUUCUGAGCCACCGCACCCAGCCGGGGUGAUGGAUGAGCUUAGUCCCUUGGCGCCCGUGAUGGAUGAGCUUAGUAAGCCUCAGUCCGAGAACGCGGUGACCAUCAACCUUUUGGCUGUCUCUGGUGAGCCAAUCCCAGAUGGCCCAGAGGACCAAUCUCCCCUAAACCGCAUCAAUCCCGACCACACGGUCGGACAAAUCUGUGCCAGAAUCAAAGACGCUCUGAGCCUGGAUGUCUGGACGCAAGUCGAACUCGUCCACGGCUCUGAGAAGCUGUCGCAGACCCGAACUCCCUCGUCUUAUGACAUCACAGAGGGAAGCCUGGUCACCGUCGUCCAGAGCAAGAUCGAGCCACCGCCCCCUCAGCCAAGGCCGCCGAUGAUGUACUACUAUGUCGCGGUCCCUGUGGCUGCAGCCAACCACCACCAAGCCAUGGCGGCUUUCCAGCCUGGACUCAUGAACCUCUUCGCAGCGAACUGGAACGCGCCGGUUCCGGUACUCCCGGUCCAAAUACCGCAUCAGGCUGCCAACGACCCGGCGUGGGGUCUGGCACAUGCCCAGCAGCAGAUGGCGCCCAAUGUGUACGCCUAUCAGAGGGUACCCGCUCAGCCUCCUCAAGCCCAGCAACAAGCCCAUCCCUUUCUAUUGGAUUAG